CGGUAUUGAAUACUCUAUUUUAAUAAUUUCUCAUUUUGCUGAUCUGAUAUCAAUUUUUAUCUCCCAAGAUUGGUCUUUUAGUCUAUUCCGCUGUUAAUCUGUUAAUAUGUGAAUAAAAUCUUCACUAAACAUUAAUACAACUCCCAUCCAAUAAUUGCGAUUAUAAUCAUGCUUCUGAUAAGAAAAAAAGUCUAAUUUUUCAUAUUCAAAUGUCAUUUUGACAAUCUUGUAACGUGACAGAUCACUGUCAGUUCAAGAGGCAGCUUGAAGCGCACGCAAAGUGAUCAUCUCUUCCUCUUUACUAGUUAUAAUAACACGAAAAACAUGAUUGAACCUCAGAAGGUAUGUUGAAAGAAACAAUUUACUGAAAUGUAUCAUGUUUCAUGUAAUCACUCAAUCAGUGUUUCCACUGUGAAAAGUUGUCAAUAAAACAGCUUGUAAACAAGCGUGUCACGUAACGUUAUAUUUACCUCAGGAAAGCCAUUCAGUGAGCAUAGCUUGUUAGUUAGUUAAAAAAAUAACUCUAGUAAGGAACAUAUUGCUUAACAUAUGCAUUAUAUUGCAUUGCAUAUUCAUGAUAUUUUUACUUUACCUGUUAGUGAUGGCUUAUGUUUGAAUAAAUCUGCCAUGAAAACAAGGUUUUAUGACAGCCACCAUUUAAAUGUUAAUAUUUCAUUAAAAAUUGGAGUAGAAACAUAUGUCAUUUUAAAAGGUGGAUAUAAAAACUGACUUAUGUGCAAUUUUUUAUUUUUUUUCUGUAUUAUUAUAUCUAAAUAUAAAUCGCAAUUUAAUCUAAUAGUUUGGGCUUAGUUGUUAAUUGUAACCUUAAAUAUUAUAGUAAUAUGCCAACUGAAAGGGUUCUCUGUAUAGUUUAUAGCAGUGUUUGAGAAUUGUUUUCCUAAAGGAUAAUUCACAUAUACUGAGCCUGAAAUAUAUCCAAAAGAUUCAAUGUUUUAGCUUGUGAAUUGAUUUGUGAGUUUCUGUCUCAAUACCUCACCCUAAAUAUUGCAUUUGCAGACAUAGUACUCAUUUGACAUACUGCUUUUAGCAAACUAUCGACAGGGCACACGUUCAGAUGUGGCGCAACACUAACAGCUAGUUUUUUAAUCAACAAUGUGCGCAUGAACGGCCAUGUGCGUCCAUACAUGUCUUUGAAAGUGGAAAAAGAGAAAGAUAGAGCGAGAACAAGACAAGGGAGUGAGAUAAACAAGGAAGAGAUGACGGGAAAGGGGGAGUGUUUGUGGUGGGAGAACGAGCGAGCUGGAGAGAGGGAGUGACAGAGAGGGAGUGUCAGUGAGUUUGCAUAUGUUCCCAGUGAGCAGGCCUGCGUGUGUAUCUGGAUAUGGGCUCGCUCACGGGUGUGGGAUUGACAUCUCCAGGAAUCUCUGAUGGACAUAAAGCCGGAGCCAUGUCAUGCCUGGAAGCUGUAUCUAAUCUGGAUGAAGAGAAAAAGUGGACUGUGCACUACACGGCUCCAUGGCACCAGCAGGAGAACGUCUUUCUGCCAGGCUCCAGACCAGCCUGCGUGGAAGACCUGCACCGCCAGGCCAAAGUUAACUUGAAAACAGCUCUCAGAGAAUGUGAUAAGCUGAGGAAAGAUGGUUUCCGCAGCUCACAGUACUACUCACAGGGGCCCACCUUCUCAGGCUCCUCAAACUCGCAACACGAGGAUGAGGACAUCGAAGGUGAUGACGCUGAUAAAAAGUCCACAGCAUCUUCAGGAGAGGAAGAGAAAGACUCCUGCCAAAUGAGAGCACAAAAUUCCACACAGGAGGAGGGGGUUGAGGUUGAUGGACAAAUGUCACGGUCUAAAGCCCCGCCCCUGCCCACUCCAGAAGAGAAGAUGAGGCAGCAGGCUCAGGCUGUUCUCACGGAUAUUGUCCCCAUCGAUGUCACAGGGGAGACGUUUGACAGGCAGGCCAGCAUCCGCCGCUCCCUAAUAAACACUGACACUCUGGUCCGCCGGCCCAAGAAGGUUAAGCGAAGAAAGACUAUUUCAGGGGUGCCUGACAGCGUCCAACAGGAACUAGCGGCUAAGGGGCGUGGAGGAGAGCUUCGGCCACAGUCCAUGUUUAUCCCUGGACAGUAUUCAACACUUGGGCGAGUCAUGAAUAGGAAUUCAACUCUCCAUCGAUCUAUAACAAAAGAUUCUGGCUGCCAGACUGAGGAGGUGAAAAUUGUCCCACCCUCUGUGAGGAGAAUACGAGCUCAGAAGGGUCAAGGAAUUGCUGCUCAAAUGGCUGGCAUCUCCACUUCUGCCACAAACAUCUCUUCUGUUUAUGAUGGGAGCUCACCUGGAAGUUCUGUUGUAGUAAUGGCACCACAGUUUGGCAAUGAUAUCCAACGUUUUCACAGCUUGCCACGAGGUGCACGGGUGUCACUAAAUGCAGAUCCCCUUUACAGUAGCACCCCUUUUAGGCAAGAAGACUCCGCUGCAAAAGCACCUCAGCAGAUUGGAAAAUUACAAGUAGAUGAUACUGUGGUGCACAUGAGGAAUGCCCCCAGGGUAUGUACCCAAGCCCGGCCAAAAUCUCAGGAGGUGAGAGGUACUCAGAAGGAGUGGGGAUCUGUCUCAGGUCCAGCCUGUGUAGUUUCUCCACAUGCAACCUACUCAACCUCGCUUAUACCUAAUGCUACUCUGUCAUGUUCUGCUGAGGUUAUUGCACUUCACACCACAUCGAGCCCAGGCCAGAGCCCACUUGCUGGGUCACCAUACACUAGAGCUAGACCUCUUAGCAUGGUCUCAGCUGUCAAUAGUGAGAGCACUAGUAGUGUAGGCACAGGAUCGCACACACCAGAAGCAGGCAUGAAGGAUACCUGUAGUGAGACUGGCCAGUCAGAUAGCAGUUUGCACAGCCACAGCACCAUUGCUGCAGGAACAUUGUCUUCAGACGAGCAAUGGAUUUAUGACACUCCUGAGAAUGUCUUGCCCAGAAGGACACUGACUUCCAGCUGCUCAACACCCAUAAAUAACCUCUAUAGUAGCCUUGAACGCUCCUCAAAAGGUACAGACUCUAGUUCACUCUACUCUAUGGACAAUGAUGGCUACUACACAUCCAUGCAUCUGGAUUCAGGCCUUAGGUCAAGGAGCCAGGGUAGUGGCCAUGGUCAUGGUAUAGGAGGAAGAGCAGCAAGACACAGUAUGUAUGAGUGCCUGGGUCAGCAAGAAGACAGAACCAGCUUGUACAGUGACCACUCACUGUCACGUUCCAUCUCUCUACGCAAACCUAAGAAACCACCUCUUCCACCAGCACGCACAGACUCUCUACGACGAAAGCCUAAGAAAACCAGCUCCCCCACUGCCAAUAAUGUAGGGUCAGAUAUUAGCAAUGGUUCUCUUCUCAAUGAGUCACUGAUUGCCACGCUCCAACAGUCACUUCAGAAUGGGCUGAAAGGCAAAGGGUCCUCCACCUCACCAUCUCACAGUCCUUGUAGCGACUAUGAGGACCCCUGGAUGCUUCGUCCCAGGAGCCAGAGCAGCAUCAGUGCAGGCAGCAGUGGUGUAUCAGCAGCAGGGAUGGCUCAUGUGUACUCCAUCUGUCAUGUCACACCUUCUCAUAGUGAUACUAGUAGCCUCCGUUCUGAUUAUGCAGACUCUUGGGGCUACUACAUGGAUUAUCCUCGUCCAUCUGGAGAUCAAACACAGUCACCAUGCACCAAUUCAUUUUCUGCUGGACAAGUGGGUGAGAUUGGAAAUGGAAGAGGCCUCCACAAUGGUAACCAGGCUACUCUUCCUCCUGCUCAGGAAGGAAAUGUGAAGCCCAGAACAGGCACCUCAUCGCCAGACAGGGUACAUCGGUUGACUUCUCCAUCAAGUGGAUACUCAAGUCAAUCUAAUACUCCAACAGCUGGCACUCCUGUCCCCUCAUUUAUGAGAUGCAUGUCCCCAUCAGGCAGCAAACCCAAACCCAGAGUGCCUGAAAGAAAGUCAUCCUUGCUCUCAUCUGUAUCCAUAUCCUCUUCUUCCACUUCUCUUUCCUCUAACACCUCUGAUUCCAACAGGAACAAUAUUCCUCCUCCACCUCCUCUUCCAGCUGCACCUGUGGCUCUUGUAUCUUUCAAUCCUCCAUCCUUUCCUCCUCCCCUUGCGCCCUCCAGCCCUGUGUGCACUGCAGAUGAGAAGUUUCCUCCUCCGCCACCUGCUUUACCCACCACCCCCCAUCAACAAGCAUCCAUGUGCCCUACUUACAUCAAUUCUUCCCCUGAAUUUCCACCUCCUCCACCUCCAGAAGUGUUGACAGACCCUGCCUUGUCGGGCCUUAAUAAUUCUUUCAGCCCUCCACCUCCACCACCACCACUGCCUGCUUGUUCCACCAUCCCUGCUUAUUCUCUAUCCCAAAAUCAACUCCUACCCAGUAUGACACCACCUACACCUUCUUCUGCUUGCUUGAAGGAAAUUAAGGGUAGCCUAAAACCAGUGAACUCAGAAAAGAGACCAGUGUCACCUCACUCUGAGCAGCCUAGUAAGGUUGGCAUGCCUCUGAUCACCCCAUUUGCUCUGCAGAGUGUGCAACUUCGGCCAGCAAAGCGGCCAGAAAACAAUGAAGUUAGCCAGUUGGCCAGACCUCAAACACCAGAGAAACCUCAAAAACCAGGGAAUCCCACAGUUCCUCAGGUUUCUUCAAUACCUUCAAAUUUAAGGCCAUCAUCUCCAGAGAAAAAACUCUCCAUCCAGCAUAGCCAGGAUAGCCAUAUUGAAGCACAACCUGACUGUGAUGUAAAAUCACAUUCUGAACCAACAUCCUGCCUUACAAAUGGGUCCAUAGAUCUUGGCAAGGUUAAGGCUACAGCUGAAGUAGAUGGUCUAGAUACUGCCCUCUCAUCACCUGCAGAAGCACCACAAAACACUACACCCAAGAAAAAGCCUCCUCUGGUUUCCAAAAAGCCCACGUUUUCUCUCACCUUUUCUUCAGUGGAUCAUGUCAGUGAUUUGCUGAGUGCUCAGAAUGACGUUUGCAUCUCUAAGUCUACACCUGAAGGUCUGGACCCCACACCUGUGCCAGAACAGGAAGAGACAACUGAGAAGGAUAGCAUUGGUAUUUCUGCACCUUCUGAGGAGAUAAGAUACAUUUCUCCCACAAAUUGUGAAGCUCAGGAGUCCUCACAGACUUCUGGUACCAUCAUUCUUGAUGCAGACAUGGGUACCAUUGAAGCAAAGAAUGAAGAAGAGGGAGAUGAUGAUGAUGAUGAUGAUGAUGAUGAUGAUGAUGAUGUAACCAGCAGUACAGGAUCUUUUGGAUCUAAAGAUGAUGAAAGUGGAGAGGUGUUUGAGUCCAGCACAUUGGACGUUGCUCAAUCUCCCAGCAUCAACGGUGACAGCUGUGGGGACAUGGUGACCCCCACUCGGCCCCGCACCACAGAGGACCUGUUUGCUGCCAUUCACAGCCUGGACCAGUUGAACACGAACACCCCCCAACAUACGAGGUCAAAGCGGAAGGUCUUGGGGCGCAAGGAAUCCGAAGAGGACCGUUCGCGAGGUCCUCUAUCCCCACCGGUCACCCCCACAGGAACGGCCCCCAGCUUGACCUCCUCCUUGCCACGGCAAACGGGCUCCAUACAGCGCAGCCUGCGCAAAUCCCCGACCAGCAGCGACACCUUCAAGGCCCUCCUGCUGAAGAAAGGCAGUCGGUCCGAGACCAGCUUCCGCAUGUCUGCCGCCGAGAUGCUGCGCAGCACCGACCCGCGCUUUCAAAGGACUCGCUCUCUCGACUCCUCGUUCGAUCCAGCAUCUCCGAUGGGCGAGAGCCCCUGCUCUUCUCCGGGCCGCAACAAACGGGCGUCCGAGGACUGGGCACGCAAUGAGGGAAUGUUCUCAACGUCCCCGUCAUUAAUCGGGACGAAGUACGGCCGAUCCCGCACACCGCCCUCUGCCGCCAGCAGCAAGUACAACGCCCGCAGCCGGAUCCUCAGCAGCCCCAUGACAGUUAUUUGUGAGAGGGAAGGAGAACUCACCGACUGUGAAGACCCAUGCCCUCUUCCUCCAUCAAACAUGCCCCUUCCCAACUCUCAGGACUCUAACAGCACUUUAUGCGAACAGAGCAGCAGUUAGGAUGAGAAACGGCUCCUUGGCAAAGGCAGAAUGUCUUCUCGGCACCAGAGAUUGACUGAGGGCAGAAGACCAGGAGUUGAACUCUAGAUGGUCUUGCCGCCUGCUAAUCCAGGCAGCGCUGCCUGAUGUUGUAGUGUGGGCAGACACGCAGAUCUAAGGUAGAUCAAGCGGUCAGCUCAAGCACUAGGCAGUGUACUGCUAUACCUAUAGCUCUUCAGAAAUAAAGUAACCUAUCUAAUCAAAUUUGACCUUCAUUUCGGAGGGAACCGUGCUUUCAGUGGCAAUACUAGACUCAUCUUUUCAAAGCCUAGCAAUUACUUCUGUUAUUUUGUUCAGCCUUUUUUUUUUCCACUCUUCAGCAUUAACAGUCAGAUUUGUGUGGGGAUUUUUUUUGGUGAAGCUGUUAACGAAAGUUGUAUUGAAGGAAUUACUAUGUGACUGCUUGUUUUGGCUGUAGUAGUUCAAGUUGAUGGAUAUUGUGUCAGCGCUGUGGGUCCAAAGAGGUGCGUCACAUCACAAACUUCUCCGCGACAGCUCUGUCAGCGCCUCUCAGCAAGACAGCUUUAGUAAACAAGAUGAAGAGCACACCGACCAAUUUCUACAAGAGACUUAUCUUUUCUUACGGUUCGGACCAUUGGAAGUGUCUGGAAUAGAAAAGGAAUUGUGGGCCGAGAGACUGGAGUAACGACGGCUUGUUUGUGGAAACAAAAAAAAAGUUUAUUUGGUUUUUGGUGUGUAGGCUUGCACUGUUCAUCGUCUCCUUUUAUUUGUCAUUUAAAAAGCAUUGUGUCUGUGUUGGUUAUUUUAAAGAGUUCUGACAUCUUACUUGAAACAAAUGACCGGUUUUACUUGUAAGUGUUUUGGUUACCAAAGAGCCGAACGGGACACUCUAACUAGCUGAAAUGAGAGGGCAUUUGUCAGACUGAGUUCUGUUAACAUCUAGUGAACGUGACUGCUUUAUUACUAACCCUCCUGUUUACCUGUCAAGCAUUUUUUUUCUUUUUUUUUUCUUGUGCAGUUUUAUAAUGUUUUUUAUGUAUAUAACUCAAGAAAUGUUAUGUAACAACUGAACUUAUUUUCAAAGAAUUUGUACAUUUUAGAAACCUUUGCUAGGAGUGGCUUCCUUUUGUAGAGUAUUUAUUUUAGAAUAGCCAGAAUGUUGGUUUGAUAUACUGUAGCUGGAGGUGGGCUUUUUGGGAGGGAAGUGAGUGAAGUGUAAUUAAAGAGGACAUCCUUACAGACAUGUGGUCAGAGUCAUUAAGUUCAGAUUCACCAGUCACAGAAUUUCUAUCUAGUUCCUUCACCCAUCGAACUGAUGGAAAAGCGGAUCAGAAAAUAAAAGCAGAAUAAAUAACGAUGGCAAAGAGGAAGCAAGCUGCUAACCCUCUGGAGUAUGUCUCUGUAAUAAAACAUGGUGAUAUUUAAAAAUUGUC